UAUUUUGUAAAUAAAGAAUAAAAUCCCUUGGAAUUCUAUCUUAAAAGCAACAAAUUUAGGAUAAUAAGCGUAAAACCUAUAUAUUAUUCAUAAUGUCAAACCUAAAGAACAUUGAAGAUGUAGACUUGUACGCGAUUUUAGAUAUUCAAAUUUCCGCAACAGAAUCAGAGAUCAAGAAGGCUUACAGAAAAAAGGCACUCCAAUGUCAUCCAGAUAAAAACCCAGAUGAUCCAAAAGCAGCAGAAACAUUUCAUGAACUGUCACGAGCAUUGGAAAUAUUAACGGAUGCAUCAGCCAGAGCUGCUUAUGACCGUGUUUUAAGAGCCAAAGCUGCUGCUAAAUUGAGACAUCAAGAGUUAGAUAGUAAGCGACAAAAACUAAAAGAAGAUCUAGAAAGACGUGAGAGAGAAGCAGCUGCUGGUCAAGCUACCAGACUCACAGAUGAACAAAAAUUAGCCGCAGAAAUUGAAAGGUUACAAAAAGAAGGUAGCCGUCUCUUGUUAGAAGAACAACAGAAAGUCAGAGAAGAAAUACAGAGGAAAAUGGGAAUUUUAAGUGAACCUGUAUGGGAUUCUAGUUUAAAUAGAAUUAAAAUUAAAUGGAAAGCAGAUAAAAAUGAUGACAACAAUGGAGGCUAUGACGAGCCUUUACUUAGAAGGUUCUUGAAAAAAUAUGGUAAUAUAACUGCAUUGAUUAUGUCUCCAAAGAAGAAAGGCAGUGCAUUAGUUGAGUUCUCAUCUAAGGAGGCUUCCGAAAUGGCAGUUGAAUUAGAAAAAGGUUUACCAGAUAACCCACUGACUUUGAAAUGGGUAAAUGAGAGGCCUGUAUUAACCACAAAAAGAGAUUAUGGUGGCCCUUCACUUGUUUCAGAUAGAGAUUAUGAGUCGUUAGUUUUAACUAAAAUGCGUCAAGCUGCAGAAAGACAAAGAUUAAUAGAAGAAAUGAUGACAGAAGAACAAUCAUGAUAUUAAUCAAGUAAUAAAUAAUUAUUUAUUGAA